GGUAAGUCCCGGAAAGGCUUAGAAACAAGUCAUUGCAUGUAAUCUUCCUAUAUAACUUGUACUUAUUUUGAAAUAUUUAUAUCUGCUAUAUUGUAUUCCAUAAAGGGAUCGACGUGUCCAGUACACAAACCAACAGCUACGACGUUGACACGUGCCUCAGACGUGGUUUAGCUGCCGCAUUGCUGGUGACCUCGAUACUCUAUGCUUUAUACGUUUACACGUCUACGAAGAAUGGUAUCCAGAUACACAACAGAAGGAAGGUGUCAGCUUAUCGUACACCUUACAAAUUAUCUAACACUGUACCAGAACCACAGAUCAGCAUGCCGUCAUCCCGACAAAUACACAUGCACUUUUAUAACCCGCCACGUUGGUUCAAAAAUGUUUCCGAAGUUUUUAAGCGAUGUCCCAGAAAUUGUUCGAUGUCGGCUGGAAAAGGUCAAGAUUAUUAUGAUAAAGACGUUGUAAUAUUUUUCAGUCAAACGCUCGGCGCAUAUCCAGAGAAGAAAAGACGAGGACAAAUCUGGGUUCUCUAUGGUAAAGAACCGCCUCCACUGCAUCACCGACAUAUCCGGAAGUGGAAAGGACUUUUCAAUUGGACAAUGACAUAUCGUAGGGAUUCAGAUAUACAGUGUAGGUACGGACAUUUUGAAAGCAAGUUUAACUCGUUAUUGCGCUCUCCUAAUAUAACCUUCAAAUACAGGUCUGUAGUUGACUCGGCAAAGUCUCUAAAGCCAAAGGGACAUGCUAGUUCCACCGCCUGGUUUGUGUCCCGUUGCCAUGCUCAGAGCAGACGAGAAGAUUACGUAGCAAUUCUAAACAAAACGCAGUCUGUGGAUGUAUUUGGUCGUUGUGGUACCAUUAAGUGUUCUAAGGAGGACAACUCCCAAUGUUUGUCAUUGUUAAGUCGGAACUACAGGUUCUACCUUUCCUUUGAAAACUCCCUAUGUAGGGAUUACAUUACCGAAAAGAGUUUUAAUUUCUACACAAAAACUCUUGACACCGUCCCCAUUACGCGUGGAUUUGGUGGCAUACACUCGUUAUAUUUACCUCCGGGAUCAUUUAUAGAUACAAGUAAUUACGAUCAUAUCGAUGAGUUAGGGCAUUUUUUAAAUUAUCUUAGUAAAAAUGAUACAUUAUAUUCACGAUAUUUCCAAUGGAGAAAAUAUUACCAAGCUAAUUUGAACAUAAUUGACCCGUUCUGCGAACUUUGUGACCGAAUGCACUUGCCAGAUGUGAAUACACGCUAUCAUAGAGUGUAUAACAACAUUCACCAGUGGUUUUUUGGUUCAUCCAAUGUCACCAUGUGUACAAACGCUGAGGAUUUACGAAAAUAACCUUUUCAUAACAUUAGAAGAACACAUUCGGUAUAGGAAUAACGUUGAAUUUAUCCUUAGUUCCACAGUGGAUAUGUUCGUUCACCUCUUCAUUUAUACUUGUUUGUUGUUUGUGAAUAUGUUAUCGCUGGCGUAACGUAGUUUCUGUCGAAUAUAAAAACAGAACAUUUUUCACAAACAACUGCAUAGCUAUGACUUUUAGACAAACCAUUCAUAUUUUCAAGUACAUGUUCACUGGAAUUCGAGAGCGUUCUUGUAAAUUAAUGUAUAGAACAUUCAGUUGGCCAUGCCCCAUAUCUAUGAGAUUGACAUUUAGACGCUUCUUUGAAUGAUUAUUAUCUGUCUUUAAUGAUAGUCUCUGACAAUUUAUCAUUCAAUGCGUAGGUCAAACAUUUUAAUACGCAGUCUAAUUUCUUGUUUAUCUCACGUUUGUUUCCACUAUGCGUUACCGGAUACACCAUAUAAUUAUAUGGAUUUUGAGUAAAGCAAAAGAUAUAUUUCUUCAAGUCUUCUCUGCCGGAUAGUUUUGUGAUUUAAGAAAACACAAUUUUUGUUUCUCGGCCAUGUAUCUGUCAUAUUGGUUUAUAUUUACUAUAGUUUAAACACUAGAAGCAGUAUUGCUAAGUUCAAUGGCUUUUAUAUGCAUGUUUUUUUUGGUUUUUUUGAAAUCUUAACAAACAAUUUUGUCAAUUUUUUUUUUUUUGUAUUUGUUUUAUUUUUCAGAAUAUUUUUUUUUUUACAAUGCAAAGUACAUUUGUAAUAGCUGAAAAUCUCACACACACUAAUCUCACUUCUACCUUCACACACACAAUUAUCGAUUGUUAUUUUGAUACAUUUUUCCAAUGUUUACAUUUGCAUUGCAUUUGUAUGAAGCAGAGGAUGAAAAUAAGACAAGGACAAAACAUGUCAAUAUAUGUAUAGUAAUAGCUAAACAAAAUAUUUUGAUGUCUUAUAGAUAGGAAAAAUGGAUACAAAACAACUCAUAUACUAAUGUCCAAUAAUAUAACAUAUUAUAACUGUAAACAGUAUUCUUAAUAUAAAGUUCAGCAAAUUGAAGAUUCAGGAGAUAAUAAAGUUCAGCAAAUUGAAGAUUCAGGAGAUAUUAAGUAACUUUUGCCUUUUUUUCCAAUUAUUUUUAAAGGUGUUAUUAUAUUUGUCAUCUUUACCUGUUGCAAUAUAUGUUUGUGUAAUAUAGUUGUCCUUGAUUGCUUUUUUAAGACCAUUUAUAGAUAAUUUGGUUUGUGCAUCUUGCUGAAUAAAUGUACUGUUUCAUAAUCAAAAUAAUUGUACUGUCUAUUGGUGUUCUUAUUCCAUCUUGAUUAUAUAAUCCAAAGAUAAAAGUAUCCUUAUUGUAAGCAAAAGGGAUCAUUAAGGCAUCUAAUAAAAACUCAAAAUUUUGUAACAUAACCUGCACCUUAUCACAUUCCCAUAGGGUAUGUUCUAUUGUUUCAAUAUCAGUUUUACAUGAGUUACAAUAAGGACUAUCAGCUAUUCCUGCCUUAAAUAAGAAUGAGUUUGUUGUCAAAAUGUGUUGAUUGAUUCUGUAUUGAAGCCACUGUAAUUUUGAGUUUUUGGUUAUAUGAAAAGGCAUUUUACAUAUUUUCUUCCAUGUUUCAUGAUCAAAAUUAAAAACACCAUCCCAUUUUUUUCUUCCAGUGGAUAUUGUAU